UUAGGCGAAAGAAUAGCCCCCCUUGAACCUCCCUUCGAGCAUGGAAAUAAUUGCUGACUUUGUCUGUGAACAAAGACUUGGAAACCUUUAAGCAGCCGCGUCUGGCAUCAUCCUCUCCUGCAAACGGUAAAAUGUCAGCUUGCUUUUUAAGUUGUACUGCUUGACGGUGAUGACCUUGGUGGCUGCAACGUAUACAGUAGCUUUGCGGUACACGAGAACAACAGAAACAGUUUUAUACUUCUCAACUACAGCUGUCUGUAUUACAGAAGUUAUCAAGCUAUUCCUAAGUUUGGGCAUUUUAGCAAAAGAGACUGGAAGCCCGGGUAGACUAUUGACAUCUUUAAAAGAAAAUGUCUUGGGCAGCCCUAAAGAGCUACUCAAAUUAAGCGUUCCAUCUCUUGUCUAUGCCAUCCAGAACAACAUGGCCUUCCUGGCUCUUAGCAAUUUGGAUGCAGCCGUUUACCAGGUGACCUAUCAGUUGAAGAUCCCAUGUACCGCUUUAUGUACAGUCUUGAUGCUGAACCGCUCUCUCAGCAAACUGCAGUGGUUCUCAGUCUUUAUGUUGUGUGGUGGAGUCACGCUUGUUCAGUGGAAGCCAGCUCAAGCCACAAAAGUCCAGAUGGAGCAGAGCCCAUUGAUAGGCUUCGGUGCGAUAGCCAUUGCUGUUUUAUGUUCAGGAUUUGCAGGGGUAUAUUUUGAGAAAGUGCUAAAGAGUUCGGAUACAUCUUUAUGGGUCAGGAACAUUCAGCUGUACCUCUCUGGGAUUGUAGUGACCUUGGUUGGUGUCUACAUGUCUGAUGGCGUUAAUGUAAUGGAAAAGGGCUUCUUUUAUGGCUAUACCCAUUAUGUCUGGUUUGUCAUCUUCCUUUCCAGCGUUGGAGGUCUCUACACUUCAGUUGUUGUUAAGUACACCGACAACAUUAUGAAAGGUUUUUCUGCAGCUGCUGCCAUUGUUCUCUCUACUGUUGCCUCGGUCCUCCUCUUUGGCUUACAGAUAACCAUCACCUUCUCUCUCGGUGCCCUCCUUGUAUGCAUCUCAAUAUACCUGUAUGGACUGCCUCGACAAGACACCACAAAAAUCCAGGCAGCAGAAGCAAAAGGGUCAAAAGAAAAUCUUAUUAGUGUGUGAUGUUUUGCAUCAUGGAGAAUAGAAAAAGACAAUCUAAAGACUUGACAUGAGUGUUUGUUCCUUUUUUUUCUUUUUUUAAAAAAAGCCUUAAACUGGUAAUGCAAGAUUGAACUAAAAGUGAAGUAACUCAUUAGUGAAAUGAAGGAUUACACUGGAGGAUGGAAACUUCGCUAAAUUGUGAAGCACUGCUUUUCAUGUAACGUUGAUCUAUUUGUGUUGGACUAUGAAGAGUCUGUUCACCAAGAAGAAUGAAGAAAUUGAAUGUGCAGUUUUUAAAUAUAUAUAUAUAUAUUGUCUAUAAAAUAAAGGGGAAUGCCAUUGGAA